AUGACUCUCGUUAUUCAUUUUCUUGAGGACGUCUACCCCUACCCCCUGAUGACCGACAAUCUCACAUUCAAUCGUAUUAUUUGUAUCAUUUGGUACAGUCGAUUUUUCUAUUGGGUUUUUAUCGUUAUCGGAGGUCUGGUUCUGACCUACUUCACGGCUAAUCGAGCCAUGCAGAUCGUCUGUAAAUACCAGUACGCGUUUAGCUCUUCCAAGGCUCUUGAACUGGGCACAGUUGCCAUAAUUGUCUUCUUCAGUGCUCUGCUCACCUUGCCUCAAAUGAUUAUCGUACAAACUGACGGGAAAAAGUGCAUCUGCUCCGAGGUGCCUAUAAAAGUACCAAACAUAAUUUGGACAUUCACGGAGGUUUACCUCUUCUUUGCUGUGCUCUUCCUGCUCAACGGCAUCAUCCUCACAGUCUCCUGCGUGCAGGUAAUUCGAUGGAUGUACCGGACGCAAAAGGAUAAUCGCAUUGACACUGUGAACAGCGCUUGUUUUCCGGAUACGCCACCUGAGCUGGUUGAAAAGUUUACAAGCUGCCAGGGAUGGAAAUCUUCAUCCAUGUGUAUGAUACCAUUGACCGUCAGUUAUCUGACGUGCUUCGGCUAUGAUUGCAUCUAUCAGUUCAUUUGUGCAACUGGACAAUGCACCUACGUAAUCAAUGGUCCCGCUCAGAGGUUCGGUGGCUUUCUGUUAAUUGUGCACGCUGUAGCAGUCCCUAUCAUCAUACUCAUCUUCAUACCAGCUCUGCGACAUCGGGUUCGCUGUUUGAUAAAAGGCCUCAUCAGGAGAAUACGAAGAACUAGAGAAACAUAAAAUGAAAUUAUCGGGAAUUGACAUGAAAAAACGACAACAUUUAAGAGGGAAGAGGAGUUUGGUGGACCUACCCCUAUCUUUGAUGCUUUUCUCUUGUCAGUGAACCAUCUCAUAAAACGUGAUCAUUUUAUUUUUUGAGAACCAUAAAACGUUUUCAUCGAAAUAAUAUUUAAGACCAAAAAUAUCUGAAGAUAUAACUCGGUACUUUUUCACUCUGGCAAACCUUUGGGUGGUAACAGCCGGAUUUUAGAUACCGUGAAUGACCAGUAGGGUUUGACCAUCUCCGGUAAUGCAGUUAAUGUGUUAUAAGAUAGCACUUCAUUUGCGGAUCAUUUGAUGAACUGAGGCACCUCUACGUUGAAAAUAUUUGUAGACAAACAAUUAAUUUACUCAUUUUUAGGCGAAAGUUGAAUUGAAAUAGGAAACUGGAAAAUAAAUAGACCUCGUUUGAGAAUAUAUAAGUCAGUGUUUUCUAGGGAAUGGAAACAGAUGUGUUGAUAAUUGUGAAAUAUUCUUGAUAAUGUGUUCAUCUGAAUUCAUAGAUAUUUUGGCAGAUUUUGAAUAAUUCAUAUUGACCCAAAUCUGAAAAACUCGGCGCGUCGGUGGGAUUCGAACCCACGCAGUAAAGGUAAGGCUUGAGUACAGCCAAUGCUCUAACCACUUGAGCUAGGAGGUCCCGCUGGACGACGCAAGUUUAAUCACGUUUGGGUCAAGUUGCACGCCUAACCUACUGCAAGGUCUGGAAUCCACCAAAUCUGAUACAGUUAGUUGACUGCCCAAGUAAGAUUUCCUAAGUAAUUCGCCCAGAAUCCAACGGAUGACUACUAGGCUCACGUAAUUUAUAGAUAUUUUGGCAGAUUAUGAAUAAUUCAUACUGAAUUCAUAUUGAAUUAUUCAAAGUCUAUGAAUUACGUGAGUCUAUUAGUCAUCUUGUGGAUUCUAGGUGAAUUACUUCGGAAAUCUUACUUGGGCAUUCAACGUACUGUAUCAGAUUCGGUGGAUUCCACACGUGAUUUAAUUCGCGUCGUCCGGCGGGGCCUCGUAGCGUAAGUGGUUAGAGCGUUGACUGUACUUAAGCCUUCCCCGUACUGUUUGGGUUCGUAUCCCAUCGAGGCGCAUAGGUUUUCACAUUUUGGUCAGUAUGAAUAAAUCUGAAUUCAGAACAACUGGUCCGGUUUUUGGAAUUUAUUCUUUUGAGAAUAUGAAUUAUAAGCAAAUUUCAGCUCGUAUGUUCAGCCGGUCGCUGUGGAAAAUUAAUAUUUCGCAGAUAUGCCUUUUUAAAUUUCCUACGCUGUAUACAAAAGGCACUUAAUGUACGCAACAGACGGCACUGAAGUAGAGGUUGUGUGAAACACCAGGAAUGAGAAAGUGGAUUGAGCAACAUAGGAGGUCUACUACUUGUAAGUUCAAAUGACGGCAAAAUUGAGUGAUGUGUUGAAGGCCUGUUAAAUUUCCACGACGAUGGAAACAUCAGUUUAUGGCAUUCAGACAAAAACACCCAUGUGAAGAGUGAUUUGAUGUCAAGCCAAAUGUCAAAAUGCGUUAUGCGCUUGCAGCAACAAUAGCAUAUCCAUUACUCGAACAAAAGUGGUAAAAGUACCUCCCAUGCGAAACCACAACAUUCUGAUCACAGCCUGUAUGCUCUAGGCCUGGAACAACAGUGGAAGGAUAUUUAAUCUAGUGGUGCGCUACGGCCAGCCGAUGUGAAGUCGAGGUCUCGGGCCAGGAGUUGGAGCUGACUGACUGACAACAACAACUAUGUCAAAGACGGACGUUUUCGCCUUUGAAUUUGUCGGUCGGAACCUCCUAUUAAUGGGCUAAAUAACCAGCCCAGAGCAUUCAGGUUCUUCGGUUGAAGAUAGAGUGUUUCGAAGCUAAUUUAAUCAUAAACAGGAAGAAUAGAACGAAAAUCCCUAAACGUCCGCUAAACAGCAAGACGCCUGUCCGUCUUGGUCACGCAAUCGGUAUACACACUUGCGUUUAGGGUCUGUAAAUUAAGCACUCUCAAAACCCACUUGAUAGGUACAGUCUCAUAGGAAAACAUAUGUUCAUGAUACGUUUGUGUCACGGAAUAGGGCAGAAAACAAAAGCUUCAAAGUACCGCUGCGAUCAGGCGAUCACACGUAUGCAAGGGCGUGAAACCUUGUAGUCUGGAUGUCAUAGCUUCCUCCUUAGCACACCUGUCUUGGAUGGACGCUUCACUGUGUAAAACUGACACGACUAAUUAUACACCUGAGUUUGGAAGGGUUGAGACCUCAAGGAUUCAGAUAAUACAUUAGAUGAACCAGGUUCUGCGGGAUGUUUGUGGAUGAAUUACUUGACUUUCAGACUGUCCAAGUUUCUGCUAUGUGAUUAUGUCAUCAAAAUUCUCAAAUGUCUUUCAUUGCGUACGACCUGGUUCCAUUAAUGCUUGUGGUCACAAACUUGCAUUUUUGUAUUUUUACACAAAAGAAGAGGUUGUAAGUCUUAGAAAUUGAAAUCGUCAGCUGCUGAUAAAUGAUCAGGGGUUUAGGGAUGGUGUAUUCAAAGUUCGCGCAUUGCAUUAAAUUGGAGUCUGAAUAUGAUAGUGUACACAGAUUGAAGUUCAAAAAUCUGUGAAAAAUAUUACGAGCUGUCAAAUAAAAGGUUUCCGCUUGAGUACAUUAACGUAACUAAGUCCGAAGUUCACAAUGCGUGGGUUCUGCCGGAGAUUUACUGUAAACCUAUAAAUCGGGAGCUACAUAGCUCUCCAACUGCGAUGUUCAUUCUUAUCUAGCUGGGACGACAUUUUAACAUGGCUUCUUUAAGCCAUAUUUAGAGCAGGGGUAGACUUCAAACUUUGGGAUAAAAUCCACUUAAAUGGUUUGGACAUCUUUGCUCUGCCCGCGGAACCCCAUAUUAGCAAAAUAUCAGAAUAAUUCUUAAAGGGUAACGUCCGUUCUGCUGAUUUGAUAAUGCGCAGCAUUAGUGGGAUAUUAAAUGUAACAAAAAUCCUCAAUGAACAGCGGUAUUUAUGCGUUAAACUUAAAUCUUACAAAAAUAAUCAGUGCCAUGAAUCAAGUAACAGACUUUAAAGCUCGGUUUGAGAAGGAAAAAUUCUGAGUUCGUUGGGGUGCGUGACUUUCACCCGAGAUAUUUGCAAAUCAGGGUAGGACAGGGGAAUUAGCGUUCUCGUAUUGCAGAUAGACUUGCGUUAAAUUUAAGGGAGGUUAGCCUGGGGAUAGUGCUAGGGUUAGAAUAAGGAGGGUUAGUUUUGAGAUUAGGGUCAGGGUCAAAUUAAGUAGAGGUAAAUAGGUGCCUCCCGACAUCUAUCGCGUGACCACCCGUCCUACAGGUGGAGGGCCUAUUCUCCUGUACAAACCAAAUCUACCGUUACAGCAUACCUUAAAUUAUAUAAUUGCAAUGAUGACAUUUACAACAUGAACCUCAUUCGUUUUUUAAUUUCUCGUCUUUACGGUGCAGGAAUUACCACUGUUAUGGAUAACAGAAUGUCAAAAUUUCUGGAUAAGGGUCGGUUAUAUUUAAUAAGAUGCCAAGGACGUAAGAGUGGUGCCUUUCCUGCCACUAACUAUGCAUUCGGAAGAAACGUGAAAUGCUGAAUAAAUGAAACCAUCUCUUUGCCGAUGUCUUUUUCCACCAUUUUAAAAUACUGUCUGUGCUUCAAAGAUUAAAAGCAAAUUUUAUACUUUAAGUUAUAAAAUGCAAAACUAGGAUCAAACGUUUUUGGUGCAUUACGUUUCACACUUCCAUAAUCGGUUUCAGUGUAUAGUUAUCUCUAGAGACGAGUUUUGAUUACUUCCAGCAAGCGAAUGUAAUAUUUUUUGUGUUGUUAUGUCACAGUUUAAACUUAUUUUCCAUAUUUAACAAACCUAAAGUAAAAUAAGUGACUUGCUUUCUAAAAGACUAAAUUUUGCAGACGAAUUGAUGAUAGAAUGCAUCCUCCCAGGUAACUCCGUAAGCAUUUGACGUGAACUCAAGAAAUACCGCAAGGAAAUUGUAAAUAUGCGCUACGGAGGCAAUCUUAAAUUUCUCAAAAGUACAGGACCAGGAGGUCCAUCAAAACUGUCGCCACAAAAAAUACUCUGGACGCUAAUGUCUUAAAGUCAGGCGGUUUUAGUCGUAAGCACACUUUUCCUAACAAAUAAUGGUUCAUGAUAGGCCGCUCCCUGAUAGGUUUUGGUUUUUGUUGGAAAACGAUUCGGCCUGACUUGACUAAGACGAUUAGAACGUGAGAGUUUUGUCGUGUCUGCCAACUAUCCGGUUUUCUUUCUAAAAAGACCAACCAUCUUGCCGACGCGUCUCUUCAAAUUCUCAUGAACAAGUCGCAAAACGACCGCCUGACAGGUUUAAAACACCUGAAAGCAGAUGAGCAUCAGCACAGCAAGAUUUAGGGCUCGUACAUCAUAGUCAUGUGCAUAUACCGACAGACCACGACAUCGGAUCGAUUCUCGAACGCACCUACUUGGAGCUUGGUUGGCCGGACAAUCAAAAUACCCGCACAUGCCGAGGCAAUUCACUAACAGGGGCGGUGCAGUGUUCAAAAGUCUAAAUUGUAGCCGUUAUACUUGAGUGGAGCAGAACUGGCUACUUAACAAUCCUUUGUUCAAAUUUCAGUUUUUAAUCACCUUAAAAGUAUUGUGUCAACUUGGAGUAAACUAUACAGAUUGAGGCCUUACAGACUCAGGCCGAAAGUUGGCAUGAAUAAGGGAGUCGAAAUCCAUAAGCAUUAACUGGAUGAUCAUGUAAUAUUCAUAAACUGCUAUUAACCAUAGGGUAGCGGAGAAACACGCUUGUCCAGGCAUUUAGCUAGUACAUGUACUGUCAGUAUGGUGGAUCAUCUAACAUUUGUAUCUUACUGACUGCAUAAUGACAGCCCAUGAAUUUUACGCGGUUAUCCUGCUGAAGCUGGUAAAUUCCGUCUCUUAUACUGAUACAAACUAGCGGACUGAGCCUACAAAGCUUUGCUCAGGGGGAUUUACUCCGAAUUUGCGCAUUUAUUUCUAAGGAAAGUAAGAAGAUGGAAAUUAAAACCAUGCUAUGUGCCAGAGAACAAACGAGGAAUGCAGGGGGACAUACCCUAAGAGCUGCGUCUCACAGCGGCAGAAAAUCGGCGUAACACGUGUUUGGGCUUUCAGCUAGUAUUUAUGCUCUCAGUACGAUAUACCACGCAAUCCUUGUCCGAGUACUGCAGCGCACAGGAACUAUCACGGUGACAGCGACAGUUCUUAAACAGAGAAAUUACUGCAAGUUUUCGCUCUUACUCCAAACGCUGAAGAGUACAACGGAAAAGGACAUGUAGCGCAGUCAGGACCUCUUCGUUUUCGGCUGCUCUAACCUCGGACUGACCGUUACCAUGGAGAUGACAGUGAUCUUGCACCAACUGACAUCAAAUGUUGACUACACCGAAGCCAGUAUAAACGUAAGUGGAAUUCUCCUAACAGCAGACAUGAUGGACCAGAGCGUGUCUACGAGUACAACACGGAGAUCUUACUCAAGCACCCACAUAACCAACUCGGAAACCUUGGAGGACCUUACUUAAGAUCGACAGGUAUGGUGCACUGCCUUAAAGGGUGGAGAAGCCACCAGAGAAAUCGACCGCAUAGUCGUUGCCAAGACGAGGUGCAAAAUUCGCAAAGCUUGGGCACUGCGGAUUAUUGACGAUAGUACCCAAUCCCUGCCAUCAUGUCAACAGUAAACGGGCAUUGCAACCCGCGGGCGAUUUGCGUAUCUAGUAAUGUGUCGAUACGACCGAACUCGCCUCUGAUCGCUUAACGCACAACCGUUACGGGACGUUAGGAAUAGUGGCUUGGAAGAAUGUCGGUCGGCAGGAUAAUUCGGUCCGCUUGCUCAGUCCUCUCUGUAUAUGUGGGAUGACUGGCUGGAGCAUCGCGAGUCCUACUCAAUGACUUCUUCUUAAUGUGUCUUCUUUGGUACUCCCACGCACGUGUGAUUAGAGCCGUCUCUUAUUUUGUUUAAACUUUUGCACAAUGUGCGGGGACUAGGUCGUGUGUGGCAUGCGUCGACGGGCUGUUUUCCAUUGUCAGCCACUGUCCCCAAGCCCACCUAUAGUCGUCUUGAUGUUGUCUGGUCAUCUGAGCCAGAGUGGAGACAGAGUGGCGUGUGCUGCCCAAUGCUGCUUCACUGUAAACUAAUUUGCGGGCAAAUCAUCGGUGCUGCGCUCACUCCGUGUUAUAGACGGUGGUUGUCACCGUUGGCAACGGUCAAUCUCUUCUAUCAGCGGGGAAUUGCACGGAGCUCCUUUGGCUGCUGAAAAUCCUGGAGUGCAUGCUAUUGCAAACCUUGUAUCAGAUUUGGUUCUGAAAUACAGACUGUCUCCAUCCACUGCGGCGUGCAAGGAUGGUGAAUCGAUGAAGCAGUAGAGCCUACUUCUGCGAAAGUCAAGAAUUUUAGUCGAACACAAACGCAGUUGGAAACUGAACGUUUUGGGAGCACACCAGUGUGGUUAUCACGAAGUGAAGCCGGGAUGUCUCGGUUCCUCCCUUUUCUUUUUUCUCCCUUUCACCGAGAGCUCAGCAGGUUGGCAAGUCCAAUUAUUAUGAAUUCCCAAAAGCCGGACGCAACAAUGCCUGGGACAUAGGGCCGCAUUUGAGAAUCUGUCCGUGAUAUAAGUCCGUGUAUUGGGCCUGACUACUAACAGCAAAUAAAUAAAGGAUGGUCUUUUCAAGAUGCCUGACUCAUUUCGUAAACUUAUCGAGCCUACAUGAUCGUGGUUGUCAGCUUUUGCGAGAGUGCGUUAUGUUGGACACAAAAGAGGGAUCAGAACAAACAUAGUGUGGUCACUAGACAGGUUGUACUCGCACGUCUUGGGGUCAGUGGGUGCGGUCUCGAUUCUCUUUGGUAGGACUUGUAAAGCGUAUCAACCAAACUUCAUCAACUUUAAAGGCGAUGUCGACAGUCACUCCGUCUCUGUUCUGUUAUUAUUUUCUCAAAGCAAAAAUGAAAGCGUGGACGACUUUGAUUGUACUAUUGACCACCAAUCAUACAGAGCAUGUUUAGAUUUUCCUCCUCAUUCUCGGGCAUACCUAUCUUAAGUUAUCGAAGACAAUCGCAUUUUGCAGAACAUACAUCAUCCUUUACAUGGACUUCAUCGAAAUAGGUUCGCUCAUAAUAGAGCCCCUCUAAGCUGUAUUAUGGGUUUUGGUUUUCUGCGGUGACCAGUUUAAACUGCUUUUGUGGAAGGUCAAUUUGGACGCAACUAUCUUGGUUUGUUUAAACAGUGACAAAGAGCCAAAUGCAAGGAAAAUUGUUUCUUCCUUUUGAAGGGACCUUUUAAUUGUAAGGCGCAAUUUCAAGGAACGUCAAGGGACCACAAGAGUGAUAUUGCUUUUUGAGUGUCUUUGCAAUUACAAACCCCUCUCUACUUCUCCCACAGAUACCAAAAGUGGGUGGUUUGUGAUGGGAACAGAAGAGUUUCAAAGGUGCAUUUAAACGGUAAUGGGGGCAUAAGGCAGUAAGUUUUUUUAGUGUUCCUAUAAUAAUGGGCUCGCUCGUUAGCUUAAUAUGCCCUGGUAUCCAUUGGAACCCACGGUAGUAAGAAUUUCCCUCACAGAUGCACGCCCAUUUUGAUAAUACGGACCACCCUCGUUUUGCAUGCUUCCGACAGCUUUUUUGACGCCAUUUUCAAAAGAAAAGACUUUACUAACCCAUGAAAAAUAGUUUUAUGUUAAGGCAAAAGCUAGUAUAGAUGACGGGAAAAUUGUAGCAUAGUUAAUAAGUAAAGUUAGGGGACGUCAAAAGAGCAUAAAAGAGUACUAAGGGAAGUUUAACUGCUGCUCUUCUUAGUGAACUUCCAUUAAAGGUACUUCAACGAGAACUCAAAGCUGUUUUAGGACGAGAGACUACUAUAUUCAUUAAUAGUGCAUUAACUUGCGGUUCGAGAUUCAGAUAGACUGAGUUGUGUGCCAAACACAUUCCGUGUAUCCUUAGACGAAUUAUACUAGUGUGUAGCAAGCUCCUUCAUAUCCGCGUUUUACUAGACUGAAAAGGUCAUGCUAAUUUGACGUUUUUCUUGCUGGUUAAGCAAGAAUAUUAAGCAUAAUAAGUUUCAUUAUUCGUUUAAAAUUAUAUUUUUGCCAUUAACGAUUGAAUUUUUUAAGGUAGACUGAAAAAACCUCAAAACGAAUUUCUUAUGAGGUUACUUAACCUUACGACAGGGGAUGUGCAGUCAAUGGACUCUAUCAUUUAUCAGCGUCACUCACAAUUUCUGAGAAUGAUCCAGAGGGAUAGUCUGCUGGAGACAACGAAUGACAGUUGGACCGUCGUUUGCGUCGAUGGUCAUCGUGUGACCAGCAUUAUGGAGGGCGUAGGAAAGGUAACUUACGCGUACGCUAGGUCAUAAUGAUAGUUGACCGGAGGCGGGAUCGAACGAAAGCGGCUAGCGCGGCGCCUAGGGCUGCCACUGCACCCUCCGUGUAGGGAAUUUGUUAUGGGUGUGCAGCCGAAUAACAUGGUCAGUACCCAGAUUUGGAAACCUAAUUGAUAUAGCGCAACUCCCUCGCGGCCGGCUGACUUCUGUUUGGAGGAAAAACUAAUAGUUUGCAAGCGACAGACCUGUGUGAGCGAGAAGCUUUAUUUUACCUCAGAAGCGUGCAGAUGUUUGUCCCCCCUACUGUCAGCAGUCAGCGGAAGUGAGAGACAGAUUUAAGUCAUGAGUGACUGCUAUGGAAAAAUGGUGCUUAUCGACCUAUCACUAGUGGUGAGUUGGACAUGUAAUCCUCAGCUGGUUGAAUCGGCAACAAAAGUUUUCAGUCACCUCUAAGUACACCAAGAGUUAGCGUCUUGGAAGCUUUCACAUUGGACAUUAAUUAGAUGCCCGCUGGCACCACUUGUUACUUCUAAAGGUGACAUCUCCACUUGAAAACGAUCAUUUGCCUUACUGGGCCACCAAGGAAGUUAUGGCCACGGUCCCCACCAUGGACAAUUACUGAUUCACAACACUUAUACCCAGGGAUUCUCUCAGAAACAAGCGCAUGCGGAAAAACGGGAAAAGGUAUGAAACUCAGAAGUUAGCCGGUGCCCGUUACAUUAAGGGCUUCGACAAGGCUGUCGCCGCUCUUCCUAGCCCUAGUGUAGUAGCAACUCAUGCCUACUCAGCCGCCGUCGCAGAAGCCAUAGCCGACUUUGCAUAACGGCCUCAACCGGAGUUUGAAUCGAGCAUUUUGCUCAACCAAAACACUUUCACCUCAACACAUUUGAGUUCGUAUAAUUUCCGCCUAGAGUUUGAGAUUUGGGUAAGGCUCUGUACAUUGUAAAUUGACGACGUUUCGGCAACUAUCUUUUUCGUAUAAUACGUACGCAUGUUUUGGAAUUAUUGACUUUGCUGUAGAAAGUGGGGCCAACGACCCGGUUGUUGUUAAUCGAAUCGUUAAUGGAAUCGUUGUCGUCCGGCGGGGCCUCGUAGCUCAGGUGGUUAGAGCGUUGGCUGCGCUAAAGCCUUCCCCUUACUGCGUGGGUUCGAAUCCCACCAAGGCGCCGAGUUUUCCACAGUUGGGUCAAUAUGAAUUAUUCUCUGUCAUGCGUACCGGUAACUUAUCAAAUCCCCACUAUAUAUCCAGCAAAUAAUUCAUUCAUGAAUUGCCCCAAGUCAUUUAUGUUUCAACCUAGUUCAGGCUUCCCACCGCUUGAGGCCAAUUGCCCUCAGGUACGUCAAUCUACCUCCUUUGACUUCCAACCUAGACCUGGUUUCCCAGACUUUUAGUCUUAUAGCUGUCUACCCUCCCCCACCAGCCUCUACUUACCUUCUAGGCUCUCUCCUCCUCCCCUUCCUCCACAAUUGAACUACCAACAAGCCUAUCCAUGUUCUAACUUCCCUAGCAUUCCAAUGUUCGAAAACUAUAUCCCCACAUCCUUUAGGUCUCAUACUCAGUCUUCUCCUGUUGACUCCCCGUCCGUCAAUAACUCUAGACUAACUGGCACUUAUUCUCCAUGCAUCAUUAAUUCAUAGCUUUCCUAUCCGCCUCCUAAUUUUUCUUAAAUAUUUCGACAAGGACAUUGAUGUUCGAAACACAUUAGAUAUUGUAUUAUUGCAGGCCAGGUCUGUUAUAAACAAGAUGGCCUAAAUCAGAGCCAGUGCUCUCCAAAUGACGCCUGAUAUUAUAUGUGUAACAGUAUCUCGGACCCAUUCUGUAAUUCCUGACUCUUCCCUUCUCAUCGAUAACUUCGAUUUUUACCGCCAAGACCGCCCGACUGGGCGUGGGGGCGGUUGUCUUCUUUAUCUUUGAUCCAACCUAAAGCACCCUCCCUACUACUUGGAUGUUUCCUCAUUUACGGGAAACUUCUGCUUUGCAUCCGUUAUUCUUUCUUCGAAAAUAAAGGUAGUUAUUGGUUGUAUCUAUAAUCCCCCAAAUUCUUUAGCCAGUCAUGAUUCACAACUCUGUGCAAUCUUUAAAUUAAUUUCGUAAGCUGCUUUUGAUGUUAAAAUAAUCACUGGGAUAUUAACCUUCCUGAAAUAGACUGGGUUUCCAAUAUCGGUCCACCUAGAUUUCAGCCUUUCCAAGAUAUUGUCAAUUUUCUAACUAGUCCCAACUGGUGCGCACUCCAACAAGAAAUAGUAACAUUUUAGAUCUAAUCUUUACCAAUGGCAUUGCUCCUCUUUAUGUUGCUUUAAAAGAAGACCUCUUUGACAGUGACCACGUAUUAAUUCAUUGUUGUUUACCGCUUGCCUUUUUAAAAAAGACCACCACCGUUCGGACUUACAUGAACUACGACUGCGUAAAUAACGACUUAAUAAAUAACUAUAUUAGAUCUUUGGACUGGUGUGGCUUCCUUCCCUGUAACGAUGCAACCAUUCUUCGUGACGUCAUGUCCAAUGUUUCCAAGGACAUCCUAGAGUUUGUGUCGCGUAGAUAUCUCAAGCCUAAUUCUUCAGAUUUCCUUGUUCCUCAUUUUCUUCACAGCAGACCAAAACGUGGAGACGGCAGCUGCGUGACCUACCCACUAGUUCCUUAUCAGUUCAUCUUAGAAUGGCAGAGAUUUUUGAGAUGGCCUCAAGGAUGCGCCAAGCGCGCGACAGACAAAGAGAAUCACUUGCCCUCAGUGACUCGAACCCUGGCAAAUCGGUCGCCAACAUUUUCCGUCAUCGGUCCUCCUCUAAGCGUGGUCACGAACUUCCACCCCUGCCAAACGAUAACAAUAUCUUCCUCAUCGAUGACAAUGACAAGGCGGAGUUGUUUGGUGCCUUCUCCGUAGAACACCUUACUACUGAGUCAGAUCCAGUCCCUAUCUUUUGCCCACUUUCAGAUAGGGCACUGAGUUCAAUCGAUGUCUCCUCAGAUCUCAUUAAGAAGUACAUAAGUAUUUUCAAAAACGCAUGCUGCUCGGGAACGGAUGAAAGUCCAAAUUCGAUUACUAAACAGGCAUGCGACCUUCCCAAAUUGCUAAGUUACUUACUCUCGGUUUAUAUUGCAAAAAUGAUUAUUUCCUGAAACAUGACAGACGUCAAUUAUCAUUUCUGUCCCCAAGUCUGGAUCUCAUGAAACUGCAGUCCCAUGUUUAUAACUAUCGGGGCGUACAAAAACACCGUCUGUAGCAAAGCUUCUUAAAGGGAUAAUUUUCAAUGAAAUUUCCAUCUCUGGAAACCUACACCCGGACUUGUACGAGAUAACCUAUCUUCGUUCAGUCGCCUCUCUGCAACAGCACUGAGAAAUCCCCAAAACCUACGAAAGGCUGGGUCCUUUACCUCAUAUCUUUGAUCUGGUUGAAAAUUUGUCUCAUACCUGUAAGAAAACCGUUUGAAACUUAUAAAGCCGGUAACGUUAUUCAGAGAAAUGUCCUCAAAACACGAUGUAAAGUGUCUGUCGCAGACGGGAGUCGAACCCGGGCCGUCGCUCGGCCAGAACACCGUCGUUACCACUAAGCCACUGACUCGCUCCAGUGUCGUCAAAACAAAUGAUACAUUAUGUAUUACGCAUGAUAUUAAUGACUGCAGUGUUGGACGUUCUGCUGUCAGACCAAAGCAAAAAGUCUAGUGACGUUGGGGGAUGUCACAUACGACGAUGAAAUCUGUACCUCAUGUUUCGGACUCAUCCAUAAAUUUUCGAAAAUGGAGGGGGAGUUAAAAGGUCUAAAAAUGGAGGUAAAAAAUUGAAGGAAGCCUACUCACCACUUACGUGAAGAGAAGAAGUCGACGAAUUCGGCAAUCCAGAAUCCGAAAAAAACAUAUGCAACCACGGCUUCUUUAGCCAUAUCAAACGCUGAAAUUGACGACGGUUCGUCCAGACAACUAGACACAGUUGAAUGUCAGUCUCUUAGGCGAGAAAAGGACCAGCCAAAACGAACUCAGAGAACAAAAAAACAUCUCAGAAAAACAACGCACACAUCUGUACGGUCCAAAAAGACGAAGACCGCUUGCGUAUAUGCGGACCAGCGGAGGAGGGCGACCAGGAGGCCUACGAAGGACAGCCGGAGGCUCCCAACUAUGUUGAACAAUAAAGAUAUCGGAACACCUUGUGGACCGAAUAUUGAAGAGGAGGCUUCGAAAGUAACUGAGGUAAGCUUUUUCGACGAGCACCUCGGAACCACAGAAGGCAGGGUUAUCAACACGAAGAUGAAUGAAUCGUACACCGAUCUCAGUUUCGCUAGCCCAAUAUCUAGUUCAUCCGAAGCCAGCGAAACAAGUAAACUAAAGAAGAACGCUCAGUCGCUCAAAAGCUGUGCGACGACAACGAGCACUAGAUUCAGUCGCAACCAAAAUGUAGUUAUAAAAGGAUUACCCGAAUCAUCGGGGACAAUUCCAAAGGAGAGAGUGAUGCAUGACUUAGACCUUCUUCAAGUGUAUGCGAAAUCUUUGUUAAGAGACGAUGAGUCACGUAAUGUUUUCAAAGCAUUCCGACUAGGGAAGACUCAGUCAGCAUCCGGUUCAACUUCCCGUCCUCGACCCCUAAAAGUCAUUUUGGAGACUGAAACACAGGCUCAGCUCCUGUUACAAAGAAAAUCUUCUCUGCGGGGUCAGCAUCCUGAAGUUUUUUUUUCAGCCGGAUUACGAGCCAAAAGAGCGAAUGAAAAUGAGAGAGCUGAUGAUGGAGCUGGAAAAGCGGAGAAGCAGUGGCGAAACACACCUACAAAUAAAGAACAGACAAAUAAUUCAGGUCAAAAGGACAUUUCUCUGGCCGAAGGCCGUCAUUCUGACAGCCUAACCGAUGCAGAGGUGCCAACUCCUGAGGCUGCUCGCACCAGUGGCCACUGUCUAGAAAUCUAUUACACUAACUGUCAGAGUCUCCUCAACAAGCUAGAUGAACUCAGAUUACUAGUCUCUGAACAGAAGCCACACAUAAUUGUCCUAACAGAGACAUGGUUGACUGAGGAAAUAAGUAGUAGCGAAGUCAGUAUUGAAGGCUACCAACUGUUCCGUUGUAACAGAUUUCAGCGUAGAGGUGGAGGCACAGCGAUUUAUGUGUCAAAUGUAAUUCCGUACUGUCAGCGAGAAAUAUACGAUGAGGUACCGCGAAAUUUUGAAAUAACUUCAUGCAAGAUAUGUAUCAAACAAUUACCGACACUGAACCUGUGUGUUGUCUAUCGGCCUCCUGGCUCGAAUGAAAUCGCCGAUAUGGAAUUACUUAGUGCAUUGGAUUUGUUAUGUAAGCAGGAGAACUUACUACUUCUGGGUGACUUUAACGCUCCAGGAAUAGACUGGAACAUUCCCUUAACAAGCGCCUCGUCCACGUCAUUUGACCACAAGCUACUACAACUCUCCCUGAAUGAAUACUUCAUUCAACACCUAAAAUUCGCAGCAAAAGUGAGAGAAGGACAACAAUCUAACUGCUUAGAUCACGUUUCCAGCAAAGAAGAAAGAGUCAUAAGAGAAGUUGAUGCACAACCUCCAUUCGGUUUAAGCGAUCACAUUGUCUUUACCUGCGUGUGCUCUCUCCUAUCGAACCAACAGCCAAAAAUCAAGAGGCGCAGAAAUAUUUGAAAGGGCGACUUUAACCCAAUGAGACAUACUCUUUUGAAGGAAACCUGGUUGGUUAACACAGAAGAUUCAGACGAAUUGCGGCAGUACUUUCGCGGGAUUAUAGAGCGUCUAAUUGAUAUCCAUUGUCCAAUAAAAAUGACAAGACCAUGUGCGCGACCGCCGUAGGUCAAUCCGACGACAAAAAAGACCAUGAAGAAGAAACAGAGACUCUGGAAAAAGUAUUUGCAACUUCGAGAUCCAAGGUCAUUCGCCGAAUAUAAGGAUCAGCGCAAUAAAUCCGCAAACAAAUACGGGUUGCUAGAACUUUUUUCGAGCGCCAACUAAUAGCAGAAUCCAUUACAUGUCCCAAGACGUUUUACGGUUACAUCGGCAGUAAGCGGAAACAUAGGGACGAAAUUGCGUGUCUUAAGGGUAGCCUCGGAAACUUAUUAGUUGAAGGGCCACAGAAAGUGCGAUUACUGUCUCAGUUUUUUCAAUCGGUUUUUAACGGGGGAGUCCUCAGAAGACAAUCAGCAGUUUGAAAUGGACCGAGACAGCCGGCAGCUUCAAAUGCGCCAAGAUAUUGCCGCCAUUGAAACCGUCGCCUUUUCCGCCGAAGAAGUAAGAUGCGUCCUCAGUCAAAUAAAAGCAGAUACAUCUCCCGGACCCGAGGGAUUUCCCGGCCUUAUACUUAAGGAGCUAUCAACGGAGCUGUCAAAGCCUCUUUCGACUCUCUUUGAGCCGUUAAUGAGAACAGGAAGGCUGCCCUCACAGUGGAAGACAGCUAACCUCGUUCCCUUGCAUAAGAAAGGUAGCAGGAUGACAAUGAGCAGCUUUAGGCCUAUUAGCUUAACUUGCCUCCCUUGCAAAACGACGGAAGCUCUAUAAAAGAGCGCUAUACACCAAUUUUGUGAAGAAAAUAACAUCUUUCAGGAUUUUCAAAAUGGCUUCUGGGGAGGACGUUCCUGCCUCUCAAAUCUGCUAGCUUGUCUGGAAAUCUGGACCAGGGCUCUAGAAGAGGAUUCUGAGGUCGAUGUCGUGUACAUCGAUUUCUGCAAAGCUCUCAAUACCGUUCCGCACCAACGUCUUCUUCACAAAUUGAGCGCCAUCGGCAUCCAGGGAGAUCUUCUGAACUGGAUUAGGGCGUUUCUGGUUGGUCGGAAACAACGUGUCUGUAUCGUAGAUGAUAUGACGGAAUGGGUGAACAUGACCAGUGGUGUGCCUCAAGGCUCAGUUCUGGAACCAUUGCUCUUCAUUCUUUAUGUUAACGACAACCUUCAGGAACUCGACUGCGGCAAAAUAAUGUUUGCAGACGACAUUAUGCUCUAA